AUGACUCGAGGCCCAGUCCUCCAGUGCAUUGCGCAUACGACCGCAGAAAAGUACGACCUCUCUGCUCUCAGCAAAGCGCUGAAGUCACUCGGUGUGCGAUGGGAUGAGGUUCCGGAAGGAGAUCCUGAUCGUGCAUUUGUCAUCGGCCCGUGGAAAGGUCGAGGAGGGGCAGAGCGUUUAAUACGAGGCAAAGUCAACAAAUCCAAUCCCGCUAUUCAGAAAAGCCCUGUGCUUGAAUGGGCAGAGAAUGAGGCGCAUGAUCUGCGAGAUAUGGGCUUUGGCUAUGGGGAGCGAGGAGAAAUCUGGGUUUUCAAUUCUGGCUCGUUUGUCACUUGGGGUUUGACGGAGGAAGAAGGGAGAGCUUUCCUGAGAGAAGUCAUCAGGAGUGGGGGGGCUGAUGUAGAAAUCGCCCGAGUAGCCCCUACAGAGUACGAAGUAGAGCAGGUCGACUUUGUGGUGGAUCCUACAGCGCGUACACAUAUAUUGGGAAACCUCAUUCUACUUGGCCGCCCGCCUAGGCUAUCGACCUUCCACCCUUCCCCGUCUUUGGCUUCGCUGUUGGCGAGAUACACUUUAUCUCUCUCGCUGUCACGGUCAUCGUCUCUGUCCGUGUUGGAAGACCGACUGGAUAGCCACAUUGCUUCAGUCUCUCGUCUUCCGCGGGCUCUGGAGAAAUACGGGCGACAACCUAUGCCGAGAAAGGAAGUCAUACAGAAGAUGGGCGAAGUAAUGACCUUGAGAAUGGCUGUCAAUACCAGUGGCGGUGGCCUGGAUGAUACUCCUGAAUUCUACUGGUCGGAACCUGAACUAGAAUCCUACUUUGACUCGGUCGCAAGUGAAUUUGAGAUCAAAGAGAGAGUCGAGUCUUUCAACCAGAAGCUCGAUUAUGCGGAAGAUGUUCAAAACACUCUUCGUGCUCUCUUAACAGAGUCCUCUGCUCAUCGAAUGGAAAUUAUCAUUAUCCUGCUUAUCAGCGUUGAAGUGAUCAUUGUACUCAUUCGUGAAGGACCCGAGCUUGUGCACAAGUUCGCCGAGGCAUUGGGUCUUGCCCCUGCCGAAGCUGAGGAGCUGGCAGAUAAGCUGCAGGACGUCGCCGAUAGAUUACCUCCGAUGGGCAUACUCCCACCUAAGCAGGACAGAAAUGAUCAUUGGGCUGAUGGACCUAAGCGCCAAGUCUGA